AGUAUCGCAAGCAUACGUCCACCGCCUCAGCUGCUCCUCUCAAGUGCUCUCCCCAAUGGCUUCCAGCGAUGACGUGGGACUUUCCCAGUCCGGUAUUAAGUGCAGAAGAUGCGGAGGAUCGUCUCUGAGUUCGUGGGAUCUGUUUCUACCCAUCACUCGAAGAGGAAGCUUCUUUCAAGACUCGUUCUUUUCGAAUAUACACCAUGACUUCGAUGCCGCCAUUAGGGAGGUACUAGGCAGGUGGAAUGAACCAGAUCUCAAGGUAACAGACAGUAGGGAUGACGUCAGCCGUCGCUAUAGACGACUUCGAUCUCAGAAUAUGAAUGAAGAAAGUCAGGCAGUCACCGUCACGUCAGACAACACAGGGCACAAAAUUGUGUUGGACGUACAUGACUUCGUGGAGGGAGACGUGAAAGUGAACCUGAUAGACGAGCAGCAGCUGGUGGUGGAGGGCCGUAUGGAGAAGAAGGAGGGAAACUCUUCCUCCUCGAACACCUUCAGACGCAUAUUCACCCUGCCGGGAGACACCGACAUGACGGCCAUCAUGCCUGUCAUAUCAGCAGACGGAAUCCUAACGAUCACGGCUCCAAAAAUGGAGCAGAAAUCCACCAGCAUUCCUGUCAGCCUGCAGCAGACUCAGACCAUUUCGUCCUCCGCCAGCGGGGAGGCGUCCCUCCAAGGAUCAGAAACGUCAGAGAAAGAGUGCCAGUGCUUGAGAUGCUCUCUGAAAAAUAUUUACGACAAAAGAACUUCACAAACAGCUGAUGAUGCAAUGAGUUCAGCAAGAUCCCAAUCUAUAGAUGCUCAAGUUAUUCAGAAUUCCUCUGCCUCCAGUGGCGCCCAGGAACAAAUGCAAUCGAAACAAGUAUUUGGAGUUACGGAACCGAAAACAGCGGAGAGCGUCAGCUCUGAAUCUUCAUCAUCGAUGCGAAAAAAGAAUCAAGCAGAUACCGACUCGCGGAGGAUCCGUCGAGAUUCCUGGGAUGUAUUCUUCCCCAUCACGCAAAGAGGGAGUUUCUUCCAAGACUCUUUCUUCUCAGAUAUUCACGACGAUUUCGACAUUGCUGUUCGGAAGGCACUAAGCAGAUGGAAUAACACGGAUCGUCGCGUCGAAAAGGAGCUCCACCAAAGUGAUGUUUUGGAUCGCUACAGACAGCUCCGGCCGCGCGACCUGAAGGAAGAAAACCUGGCUAUCACCGUCACAUCAGACACCACCAGCCACAAGAUCGCGCUGGACGUGCAUGGCUUCGUGGUCGGGGAGCUGAAGGUGAAAGCGGAGGGAGAUUACGAGCUGGUGGUGGAGGGGCGUCUGGAGAAGGGCGAAGAGGGAGCUUCGGCCACCUUCAAGCAGCGUUUCACGCUGCCCGAAACCUCGGACAUGUCAAAUGUCAGCGCCGUCAUGUCUUCCGAUGGCAUUCUUACAAUUACUGCUCCCAAAAAGGCCGAAUUUCAGCAAAGGACCAAGAUCAUCCCUAUUGAGGUCGAAGAGGAAGCACAAAGCGCUGAGCUACUCUCGGCGUCUGUGUCAAUGCCCAACGUCCCUCUGAGCAGCAUGACCUCAUCUUCGAAAUCCUUCGUUAGUCAGGCCGUUGUUGAAGAUAGCGAGACUAUUCGAAGACAAGAAGGUGUUAAAAUUCCGAUAAAUGAAGAGUCUGUGGCAAGUCACGAAGAAGGCCAAAUGCUGUGUCAGAAUGUCACCAAGGUCCCUACGAGCGCUGUAUCUGAAUCUCGAAAGGUCGUUAUUAGUGGCUCUGAUAUCGGCGAAGCAAGUGAGGAGGCUUCUGUCUCCAAGAAAAGUCAUCUCUCAUUCGAGUCACAAUCCACGAGAGACAAGGCAGGUGAAAUUUGCCUGUCUGGAAACCGCCUUCCGAUCGUAAAAAGAGGUCUUUUCUUUGACGAUUCCUUCUUUCAAGACACCAGGAGGGAUUUCCAGAAAGCGAUAAAAGAAGUUCUGGUUAGAUCGGGAGAGGAGUCUUCAGACGUCGACGAAAUGGCCUGUUACAGAAGUCUCCGAUCACGUCACUUAGGAGAUGAUACUCAGGCUGUUACGUCCUCAGAGGAUGAACGUUAUCAUAAGUUCAUUCUCGACGUUCAAGAUUUUGUUGACGGAGAGGUAAAUGUAGAGGCUGUGAGCGAUAGAGAGCUGGUGGUGGAAGGUCGCGUAGAGAAGGAGGAAGGGGGAUCAAAGUCAACAAAGCGUUUCCUUCGACGCUUCCUUGUCCCAGGGCACUUCAAUCUUGAGGGGGUUGAUUCUUCCUUGUCUUCUGAUGGCGUGCUGACAAUUACGGUUCCCAAAAUGAAAAUAGGUGGCAGCUUGUCUCAUGAAUCCCACGUCUCUGCCUUAUCAAAAUCUUCACUUGAAUCUGUAGGUCAAGAUCACACUAACGUCUUAACAACGAUGAAAAAUAUAAAAGAACAAAUCAUCCCUCUCGACGUGGAAGACAGCGAUGGACUUUCGAUUUCGCGAGAACGUGAAGCCAUCGCUAAUUUCGGCAGCUCCUCCAUGCGAGUCUCUCAAGAAGCACAAAGAGCAGGUUAUCCGGCUCCCUCUGAGGAUGAAGAUAUGUUUAUCGCAGUCGUCAAGCAGCCAGACUACCACUAUAAGGUUGUUGCCCAAGAAGGUGAGGGUGCAGAAAUGCUCGGCGACGGACACCUGGACAUCCAAGCAACGCAGCAGACGAGAACCGCCCUUGGAAGGGAAUCAAAGUCUGUUGGCACCGUUGGCAUUUCUUCCGGAAGCGGUUAUUUGCCUAUAAUUAGGAAGGGGCCAUUUGACAGCGAUUAUUUCUUCGAGAAUGUUCGUGAGAAUUACAGCCAGGCUGUGAGAGAAGUGUUGGAAAAGGCUAAGGAAUGGUCAUGUCGAAGUGACGCCAUACAGAACUACAGAAGUCUCCGUCAGCGCAACCUCAGAUUAGAUAAUCAAGCCGUUAACGUCUCAGAGGAUCAGCAUUCACAUAAGGUUGUGAUGGAUGUCCAUGACUUCACUGGCGGGGAUGUGACAGUGCAGCUGGCGGAAGGAAAGGAGCUCCUGGUGGAGGGGCAGGCGGAGAGGCAGGAGGAAAACAGGGUCUCUAGACUGAGCUUCGUUCGGUGCUUCCCUCUGCCCGACCACGUGGACCGCGACUCCAUCACCACCGCCCUCUCCUCCGACGGCAUCCUCACCAUCAUUACGAUGAAGAAAUGAUAUCCUCGAGAAUGCUCGAGAAACAGAAAUUGGAAGCCAGAGUUUUUUCUAGCCAUGAGGAGAGAGUUUUUACUGCUGUGGUUCCUUCUCGGCCCAACCCAAUCUUGUCUGGAUGUCGAAAACUGAGUGUGAGUGAUACACAUUUGAAUGGCAUUCCAAUAAAAAUAAAAUUAUUGUGACA